GCACCUUUUUUUACUGUUAUUUCAGAAUCCUGCACACACCCGCUCACACUCCCUCUCCCUCCCCUGUCUCCCGAGGUACAUGCACGAACAAUAGAGCUGCUCUUGUGUUCAAAGUUUCAUUCCUUUUGUUUUUCUCCAUUGGAAACAUGGCAAGCGAUGAACGCAUUGCUUUCGUUGUAGAGUACGCCGAUCCACACGCGGGGCUAACACGAACAUAUCAGUUGUGCUACUUUACAGAAGAUAAGACAAUAGAAAUGUACGACUUGAAAACAAAGCGAUUGUUUCUAAAGCGUUGCGCAUAUCCAUCUCUGAGCGCGAAUGAGCUUUACGUCGGCGCCACCAUCAACGUCUUUUCCCGCCCCCUCCGCCUCGUUGACUACGGCGAUGAGGCUACACACCGGCGUCUGUCUGUCAACACGAGUGAGUGCAUGCUCGGCAUCGACAUGGAGCACCACAGUGCAACGGCGGGGACUGUCGUUGACGCUCUCACGACUCAAGAUUUGCGUAUCACGUCAGCGCGCUUGGUUGAACUCCCGCAAAGCCUGAUCGACCGCAUCGCGGCUAGCUCGGCGCGCGUUCUACUUUUGUCGGUGAGCGGCGCCGAUGCACGCGAAAAAAUUGCAGCAGUGGCGGCGCUGCACCCCGCGGCGGUGAUACAAGUCGCCAACGAGGGCGACGUGCAAGAAAUCAUGCAGACAAUGAUGGGCCCUGGAAAAACGACGGCGACGCUGCGGGACUGUGCUGUGUGUGUCAUCAAACCGCAUGCCAUCACGAGCAGAUAUGAAGGUGCUAUUUUACAGCGGCUUGUCGAGGAGGGGUUUUACAUCAGUGCUCUAGGCUCUUACCAGCUCACCGUAGCCGACGCGGAGGAUUUCUUAGAAGUCUACAGCGGCGUUCUCCCCGAGUACAGAAAGCUUGUAGAGCAGAUGGCGUCUGGCCCGUGUUGGGCCAUUGAAGUGUGCGCGGAGAACGCGGUGCCGGCGUUGCGCGCGGUUUGCGGCCCACACGACCCUGAAGUGUGUCACGUCCUGUUUCCUCACACGCUUCGUGCCAAAUACGGAGUGGAUCGUGUGCGGAACGCGGUGCACUGCACUGAUUUAGAAGAGGAUGGACCGCUGGAGUCCGAGUUCUUUUUCUCUCUUUUGCAAAACAAGCGGUAG